AUGGGGCCGCCUUCUAACGUGCCUCCUAGUCUGGUCAAUGAGGUCCGUGCAGAUCAGUAUAGUGCGACUGAGGUGGCAACUCCCAGUGUGCGCGGAACACCCGAGUUCAAUGCCUUUGUAACCCCCGGCCUACAGCAGUCUACAGUUGGUACGCGUGGAGGACCUUCGCAGCAGAACGCAGGGCGCCAGACUCCGCGAAGGCAUCUACAAAGCCAAGAGAGCAGUCAGCCAAGACCACGCCCAUCAGCAGCAGGCCCAUCAUUAUCGAUACAAGAGAUGUGCAACACGAUUCAGAACUAUGGUCGUCGCAUCGAUAUCCUUGAGACCAUGUCAUUCACACAUCUGCCCAGCGAUGAAGUGAUUGACAGAUUCGACAUGGUCGAUGGGAGGCUGCUUGACCUCGAGCAAUGGAGAACUGACCAAGACCGAGCUCAGGAGGCAGACGACAUGGACGAGACGAUCGAUGCGCUGAAAACUCGAAUGCAUGAGCUCGAGCACUGGCGCGAGACAGAAUCAGAGAAACCAGGACAGGCGUCCAGCAGCAUGCGCCAUCUGAUUCCGGAGACAAGCUCGUUUGCCUCUGACGGGUCUUUUGACAGCGAAGCUGCUGCUCAAACUGAAGCAAUAGUCCUUGCCACCCUCGCGGCAAACGCUGAGACGAGACCUCGCAUAGACGCACUUGAGUCACGCAUCAUGGACCUUGAACACGCGGCCAUGCCCUCUUUCGCCCGGCCGUGGACUGUGCAGGUGGUACUCCUCCCUUUUGGACGACAGCUACCCGGUAUAUGGUUCUCGUCGAGUCAAGCAACAGAGCACUCUCAGCGUACAGCUACGCAAGCGUCAGAAGAAUGGUCUGGGCCGUUUGCGUCAAAGUUCGCAGCCAACUCUUCUUUCGGCUCUGGCACUGAUGUCAAAGCUUGGACGACAGAAAGCAUAGAAGCCUGGGCGAUGCGCACCGAGGAAAACUGGCUCUCAGCAAAGGCCUGCGGUCCGAGUGGUACUGUUUUCCAAAGGCUCGAGUCCCGCGGGCUCGUACGUGAUAUCAUUCUUACCUCGCCCGACGCUCGACAUGUCUGUAGCGAGGUGGCGAAUGCGUUUGGUAAUGUUCUUGGCGAAAGAACUAUCUUCGAUGGCUCCCCCGGACACCAGGGCUUGCAAGAACGCUUCAUCCCUUUGCGCAAAGUCCGUAAGUCCUCGCGUCUGCGAUUUCUGAGCAGCGGAGAAAUGAUGAGCUCGGCGCUGUGGAAUGCAUCACUGCUCGAAAGCAGUGUUUUCAUGAAAGUGAACGAUGGAGAACGACGACUCUACGUAACCACUCCAGAAGCUUAUACGCAGCCGCCCGGACCUGGCUGGACCUGGCGAACGCUCAGGAACCUCCCCAUGUAUGGCGCAGAUGGAGAGUUGCAAGCCGCACAAAUCGUUGGCAGCGUGAAGGAGAAGUGCUGGACUUUCAGUGAUCGCCUAGACCAUGCUUCAAGCCUACACUCUUCCUUUGCAUCAUCAGACUCACCAUGGGGCAUGUCAAGUGAGAGUGUAGGCAAUCACGAAGAAGGCCUCGGCCAAGCCGCAACGCAUGCGAUGUCACAGCAGACCAAGGCCAGCGCCAUCUCAAUGCUCAACCCAGUCGCCGCGCACUCAAUGGAUAUUGAUGGUCCUUACAAGAGACGAGUAGCAUCUUUCGAACUCGAUUCCACUAUGCUAGGAGGUGGAAAUGUAGACGACAUAUCGUCCAAAAGGCGCCGUGUUUCGUCCUCGCCAGAAUUKGAGCGCCGAGGUGUAAACUUCACUCCUCGGUGGAGUCGCGAGCCACCCUCUCCGUUCACUUCGGAUGGCAUUGGCGCGGCUCGCAGUCAAGCAGCCAGCAACCGGGCCAGGGGUACCACCCCAUUCGCAUAUGCGACACCGCACAGCAACCUGGACUCCAGAGGCGAUGAUGGCUCCACAGAGGCAGACACCGAACCUCGUCCUUUGCAAAGCGAGAAUGGAGAUUAUCCUGAAUGGGAGGGUAUGCAAGAAAACCACGAAGCAGAGCAGAACAAUACAUUUGGCAAUGACGACAAUUUCCGUGGACACGACUUGUUCGAAGACGAUGACCAACUUUCCGUCUUUGAAGACGACGAGGCCUGA